UGACAGUCCUUUGAGUAAUAAUCUCACUCUCAACAGCACUACCCAGAAGCUUCGCUGCAAAGGCAUUCCUAGGAUUCCUGGCGCUGCAUCUUCUCCCCCUGUCCGACAGGUGUAGCCGGCUGCGCUCGGAAGAACACAGGGGCACGGUGGCUGAGGGGGGGUCCUUCAUGCACAUCUAUGGGUGAGUGUCUGCGAAAAGCUUGCCCAUGUCUGGACGCACUAUGGCAGAGGAUUUACGGUCCAAAGCCUCCAGAAGGAGAAAGAGACGGAGAAGAAGCCAGCAGCCGGCCCGGCGGCGGGGAGAAGAGGCCAGCCAGUUCGCCGCCAGCCAGUCUGGAGAGCGGCUCCAUGUACACGGCGCUCUGGUCCUUUCAAUCCCGGCACGAGGAUGAGCUGUCGUUCAAUGAGGGGGAUCUGUUCAGUGUCAUCAGCCGCAGCGGAGACUGGUGGACCGCACGGAAAAUCGACAAGAACGGAUGCGUCCUGGACACCGGGAUCGUUCCCAAAAACUACUUGGACCGGGCCGAGUCCCUACGAAUACAACCGUGGUAUUUUGGGACAAUGAGCCGCCAUGAGGCACAAAGCCACCUGCUGGGAGCAGAAAAUGAUCACGGCGCUUUCCUCAUCCGACGCAGCGCGAAAGAUGACGUUGGAUACGUUCUUUCACUGAGGUCGAGCAGUGGGGUGAAGCAUUAUAAGAUCCUACAAGCAGAUGAGAGGAAUUUUUACGUGGAGCAGGGGUUCAAUUUCAGCUCUCUGAUCGACUUGGUGGAGCACUACCGCGCAAACAGCCUGAACAACACCGGCCCACUGGGAACCUCCUGCAAGAGGAAAAAGCCCAGCACUCAAGAUUUGAAUCAUUUUACGGUGGAUGAGUGGGAGCUCCCCAAAGAGGAGUUCACCCUGGAGGAGGAGCUGGGCAGUGGCUACUUCGCGGACGUCUACCGGGGAUGCUGGAAAAACCACAUUAAUGUCGCCAUCAAGAUCAUCAAAAGUGAUUCAGAGUUGAACCACAAUGACUUUCAGAGGGAAGUUCAGAUCCUAAAGCGUCUCCGCCAUCGUCACCUCAUCUCUCUGUUUGCCAUCUGCACGGCCUCGGCACCGUACUACAUCAUCACCGAGCUGAUGGAGAAAGGCAACUUGCUCAGCUUCCUCAGAGGUCCAGAGGGGCCAAAGCAAGAUAUUGUAUCACUCAUUGACAUGGCAGCCCAAGUGGCUGAUGGGAUGGCAUACCUGGAGGAGCAGAACAGCAUCCACAGAGAUCUGGCAGCUCGAAACGUUCUGGUGGGAGAGGACAACAUCUGUAAGGUGGCCGACUUUGGACUGGCCCGAGUGAUCAAGGAGCCGUUCUACAUCACAGAAGAUAAAAAGAUUCCCUACAAGUGGACCGCUCCUGAGGCCAUCAGCCAUGGGAAGUUCUCCAACAAAUCAGACGUCUGGUCUUUUGGUGUGUUGCUCUAUGAGAUUAUCACUUGUGGCGGCGCGCCUUACCCAGCCUUUAGCAACCAGGAAGUGUACCAGAAGGUUACCAACGGGUACAGGAUGCCGGCCCCGGCCAAAUGUUCCAAAUCUCUCUACAACAUCAUGUUGAAAUGUUGGAGCUUAGAGCCCGAUGACAGGCCAGACUUCAAGACUCUCAAAGCCAAAUUGGACAGCAACUCUUAUGAGUUGGAGAGUGAAUAAUUUUCUUUUUUUGUCUGACUUAACAGAAAAAGCAGCAAAUUGUCACAUUAGGGUGGUUGAAACCAGAGCUUUCCUUGGCAAGGACUAACUUCCAUUUAGUCAGAAUAUGACUUAAAUUAUUAAACAGUUAUUAAAUUGUCAGUCUACUGAGUUAUUUUGAUCGAUUAUUGGUAGUUUCAGUUUUACAGUCCUCAAAACAUUUUUCUAAAUUCCAAGGUUUGUUGUAGUUUCCUACAGAAAUGCAUUUUGGGUGUCUUUGCUAGAUUUCUUUAUGAACCUUUCUUGCUCAAGACUCAGCACUUUUUUUAGCUUAAACCCUAUUUUCCAAUGGUAAUGUGUGUACGUGACUGAUGAGAACAACAAUCUGUGAAAUCUGUCCAGUACUGAGUGAGAAUUCUGUAAACCAGACUGCAAUGUAAUCCUAUGGGGCAGUUUGGUCCACUUAAAGUUGUGUUGUUGCCGCUGACAGACUCAGAUUAUUAUUCUGUGUGUCUGACAACAUUAUGGAAAGGAUCCCUACAGAGAUAGACCUUUUAGUUAAAGAGUAGAAUCUUCUUUGUUUAACCAGAAAUAGCUCUGAAAUUGCUAUCUCUAAACCCCCAUACUUUAUUUAAAAACUCAAUACUUUUAUCGUGUAUAGAGCCCACAUAUUUUCAAAUGUAAAUUUGUAAACUAUGAAUUUAUUUCAAUCAAAGAUAGAGUUGUGAUGGUUGGAAAAGGGGAUACACAACCAAAAAUUUGGCUUUUUCCAGUUUUAUUUUGUGUUUGUCAACUUUGACUGGAGUGUAUUUUACAAUGAUAAUAUUACUGUUUAUUUAUAUGGAGUCUGGUCGCUUUAGAGACAGCAAUUUCAGGCAUGUUGUUAUGUUUAAAAGAAGGAUCUUACUCUU